UGCAGCGUAGCCGUCAUUGUGUGGUGGUGGUGGGUUGUGUGCGCUGUUUAUCUUCACUGCGAAAAUGCCGGAGUUAGCGGUGGAAAACGUGGUCGUUCACCCCCUGGUGCUGCUCAGCGUGGUGGAUCAUUUUAACAGGAUAGGAAAAGUUGGCAAUCAGAAACGAGUGGUUGGCGUCCUGCUGGGAUCAUGGCAGAAGAAAGUGUUGGACGUCUCAAACAGUUUUGCAGUGCCAUUUGACGAGGACGACAGGGAUGACUCAGUGUGGUUCCUGGAUCAUGACUACUUGGAGAACAUGUAUGGCAUGUUCAAGAAAGUUAAUGCCAGGGAAAGAAUAGUCGGAUGGUACCACACAGGACCCAAGCUACAUAAAAAUGACAUCGCCAUCAAUGAGCUCAUCAAGCAGUACUGUACCAAUUCGGUGUUAGUCAUAAUAGAUGUGAAGCCCAAAGAUCUUGGUCUACCCACAGAAGCAUACAUCUCUGUGGAGGAAAUACACGAUGAUGGCACUCCAACAUCCAAGACGUUUGAACACGUCACCAGUGAGAUUGGAGCUGAGGAGGCAGAAGAAGUGGGUGUGGAGCACCUGCUCAGAGAUAUCAAGGAUACCACAGUGGGCACUUUGUCACAACGCAUCACAAACCAGGUUCACGGCCUGAAGGGACUCAACUCGAAGCUGUUGGACAUUCGCUCUUACCUGGAGAGAGUGACGGCAGGCAAACUUCCCAUCAACCACCAGAUCAUCUAUCAGCUGCAGGAUGUCUUCAACUUGCUGCCAGACGUAAAUCUACUGGAGUUCACAAAAGCCUUCUACCUUAAGACCAAUGACCAGAUGCUGGUGGUGUACCUGGCGUCACUCAUACGCUCUGUGGUGGCUCUGCACAACCUGAUCAACAACAAGAUUUCCAACCGGGACGCAGAAAAGAAGGAAGGACAGGAAAAGGAGGAAGGCAAGAAAGAGAAGAAGGAUGACAAAGAGAAAAAAGAUGAGAAGGACAAAGACAAGGAGAAGGAGAAAGCAGAUGGUGCCAAGAAAGAUGAGAAGAAGAAAAAAUAAUGAGUGUUCUGCCUUUAAGGUCUUCUCUCAUACCAUGCCAUCUUCAUCUCGAUGGUGCUCUACUUUCUGCCCACAGUCACAGCUCUGUAUGUGGGUCUCAGGCUAAAAGUAGGACUCUAUAUGGGGAAUGGUGUCAUUUGAGAUUUGGCCUCACCGUCACAAGUGGCACUCAUAAAGACUGUUAUUAUCGUACGGAGAUGAUGAUAUUUGCGUCUUUGGUCUUCUGAACUCUUGGUGCGGUACAGCACCUGAUAUUUCUUUUUUUUGUAAUAUGGAAAAAGUGUUUUGUUUCUGUAUAACUCAUAACUCAGUAAUUAAAUUAGGAUCAUAUUAAAAAUUGGCUGCUUUUGCAGUUUU